UUUUUUCUCUCUCUCUUUAGUAGAGGCUUCUUGGAUUGUGAGAGUGUCUUCAAAUAAAGCUGUCUGUUUCGAAAAGAUUUACUAUAUAAGUACUCCAUAAACCUUCGAGCUUCCAGCAACGUUGGCUUCUCUGUUGUGUUAUAUCCUCCACACAAAAUCAAAAUGCCAAGACCAAGAGUUUCAGAGUUGUCUCAGAGGCAAGCCCCAAGGCUAAGGUCAUCGUCAUCUACUUCCGAAUCGAAUCAUCCCAACCGUCUGAUCACUACAGACCGGAGUUUUAAGCCCGGUGUUGACCGUAGAUCUCCUAGAAGCGGUGGACCUCACAGUGAUCCGCUUGGUCAGAAGAAACUUGGGGGCCGAAUAUCCGAUCUAGAGUCGCAGUUAGGACAAGCGCAAGAGGAACUGAGAUUGCUCAAGGAGCAGUUGGCUAAUGCCGAAGCUGUCAAGAAACAAGCUCAAGAUGAGCUUCAUAAGAAGUCCAAGAAACCAAACCAGCCGGCUAGAGUGGAGGGGUCUGCAACUGAGGCUGAGACGAUUGAUAGAGACGAAAUCCCUGGUGAUUUGCAGAAAGAGACUGAUGUGUUUGAGGUUCCUGUUGAGAAGAUUGUAGUAGAAGAAGAAGAACUGAGAAGCGGCAAUGAAGAAGCUGAGAAAUUGGUUGCAAAGGAAGAUGAGAUAAAGAUGCUGAAAGCUCGACUCUAUGACAUGGAGAAAGAACAUGAAUCACUAGGCAAAGAAAACGAGAGCUUGAAGAAUCAGUUGAGCGAUUCAGCUUCAGAGAUGUCCAAUGUGAAAGCUAAUGAAGAUGAGAUGGCUACAAAGGUGAGUAGGAUUAGGGAAGAGUUAGAAGAAAGCAGAGCAAAGACGGCUCACCUGAAGGAGAAGCUUGAGUCCAUGGAAGAAGCAAAAGACGCUUUGGAGGCUGAGAUGAAGAAGCUUAGGGUUCAAACCGAGCAGUGGAGGAAAGCAGCGGAUGCAGCAGCUGCAGUUCUUUCUGGAGAGUUUGAGAUGAAUGGUCGGGAUCGAUCUGAGUCAACUGAGAAGUAUUUUGCAGGUGGGUUGUUUGACCCGUCAGCUGGGUUCAUGGAACCACCGGGAAUGGCUGAUGAUUCUGAUGAUGGACUGGGAAGUGGGAAGAGGAAGAGUUCUGGGAUGAAGAUGUUAGGUGAGUUGUGGAGGAAGAAAGGGCAAAAGUGAGAUACAGAUUGUGUUGAGUGCGAUUCAAGAAAUGGUGUGCUCACCAUUGCAUUUUGCUGUAUUUACCUGGAGGUUUUUGUAAUCCGCUUCAUCAGAAGCUAACUAUCAAUCAAAAUCAAUUGCAGUUUCUUAUCUGCAAAAACAAUUUCAUGAACAAA